AUGCCCGAGAGGAGGCCGCUGGACUGGACGGCGGGUCUCCAGGGAACAGCGCCCGGAACUCGCGAGGCCCGGCGGAUCGUUCCUGCCUUAGCCGGGCAGCGAACCCUUCUGAAGGGCAAGGAUGGGGAGGCCGCCCUGGGCUCUGGGUCCGGCAGCCGGGCCCCGCCGCCGGAGGAAAACAAAGGGGUUAAGCCGGUUUACAAACUGAAGCAUCUCCAUGGAUCUCACCAGAGGCUGGAGUCUCGCUCCCGGCCCGUUGCCCGGCAUCCAGACCUCGGCCCCCAGGCCUGGCCCUUCCGACCGCCCAAAGCGCUCCCACCUCUCCGUCCCUCUGCUCUUACCCGGUCUCGUCUUCCCAAACCGCUCCAGCCCAGCUCCAAAGAAGCCACAGGCCGCGCAGGUCGAGCCCGGCAGGCGACACAGGAAAAGACGCGCUUCGCCCCUCCCCUUCCUCCUCGGGGUCCUGGUGACAGAGAAGCGAGAGGUUCCCUGGACUUCCCGUCCGGGGCACGCGGCUCCACAGGCCCCGCAACUCAGAGGCCCGCGCGGGGCUGCCGACGGCGGUGGGGGGAGGCCGCGUCCAUCGUGAUCCCGGACGGGGAAGGGAGGAGGGUCGGGGAAAGCUGGGCGGAGAGGCCGAGGAGGGCAGUCGAGCUCGGCAGGGGCGGAGCAAAUAGGCUCUACUGGCAGACACCCGGCUGCCCGCCACGUGGGGCGCUGCGGAGACUCGUAGGCGAGCCGCGCCGGGGCGCCAGGCCGGAGGCGUCGCUUCCCGGCCGGGGCCUUCGGGCCUCCCGGGGCUCCGACUCCCUCGGCCCCGCGGGGUGUCGCUUUUCUAUCUUACGUCCUGACGCCUUACGCUUUGCUGUCACUGCCGGCGCGCUGCCAACACCUCGCACACUGGUGCACGCAAGCCCAGUUGACUAUACAUUUAGCGUUGCUCCUGCUGAGGGCUCCACGCUGCACAUCAAAGCUGAGGCCCAACCUGUGUUUGUCGAGUCUCCCACCCCGGCGACUCAGACUCACCCACGAGACUCGCCUCCUCCCCGAUGGUCGCUCCUUCUCGUGCACGGAAGUGCGUCUCGGGAGGAAAAGAGUCUCUCUUCGGUCCUUGGAGACAAGUCACCCGUCAGAACAACCAGAAAGAAAAUCUUGCACCACAACCCUGGAAAGGAGAAGCUAGCAAAAUGAUGAUGCUCUUAACAGAAAAUAGAACAGAAAAAGACUACUCUUCACUAACUUUUUAAGGGAUUAUUCCAGACAGAAAUCCAGGAAUCUGCUAAGCCAUUUCUUGCCAGGUCCAGAAUAGCCCAGAUACAACUAG